AAAAUUGAUGCCCAGUCAGAAGGAGCAGCUGUGGGCAAUAGGAACCACCCAGGGAGGCGGCAGCUAGUGUCAAUGUCAGCGGAUAGCAUCCCUACAAGAUUCCCUCAUCCAACCUCUUGGAACGCGCGGGCCGUGACCUGUCGUAGGAUUCUUGUAUGUCCCAGCUAAGGAGAAUCAUGGAGGAGCAUCAACAGGAAGCUGGGAAAGAGAGUAAGCCUUCCUCCACGUCAGUCGAUCUGCAGGGGGACAGUCCCUUACAGGUGGAGAUUUCUGAUGCAGUGAGUGAGCGGGACAAGGUGAAGUUCACUGUGCAAACCAAGAGUGGUCUCCCUCACUUUGCCCAGCCUGAGUUCUCAGUGGUUCGGCAGCACGAAGAGUUCAUCUGGCUACACGACACCUAUGUGGAGAAUGAAGAGUACGCCGGCCUCAUCAUUCCCCCAGCCCCUCCCAGGCCAGACUUUGAGGCUUCACGGGAAAAGUUGCAGAAGUUGGGUGAGGGGAACAGCUCCAUCACCCGGGAAGAAUUCGCCAGGAUGAAGCAGGAGCUAGAAGCGGAGUACUUGGCCAUCUUUAAGAAGACUGUUGCGAUGCAUGAAAUCUUCCUGCAGCGCCUGGCAGCCCAUCCCACCCUGCGUCGGGACCACAACCUCUCUGUCUUCUUGGAAUAUAGUCAGGAUCUGAGCGUUCGAGAGAAGAACAGGAAGGAGGUCUUGGGAGGGUUCCUGAAGAGCAUCGUCAGGUCUGCAGAUGAAGUCCUCAUCACCGGCAUAUCAGGGCUCAAGGAGGUAGAUGACUUCUUUGAGCAUGAGAGGACCUUCCUGGUAGAAUACCACACCCGAAUCCGGGACACCUGCCAGAGGGCCGACCGUGUUAUGCACUCCCACAAGUGCCUGGCAGACAACUACAUCCCUCUCUCUGCUGCACUGAGCAGUCUCGGAACCCAGGCGGUCAACCAACUGAAGAGGAGCUUCCUGAAGCUGGCAGAGCUCUUCGAACGACUGAGAAAGCUGGAAGGCAGGAUAGCCUCUGAUGAGGACCUGAAGCUGUCUGACAUGCUGAGGUACUACAUGCGAGACUCACAGGCAGCCAAGGACCUGUUGUACCGGCGGCUUCGGGCACUGGCUGACUAUGAGAAUGCUAACAAGGCACUGGACAAAGCUCGGACUAGGAACCGGGAGGUGCAGCCGGCAGAGAGCCACCAACAGCUGUGCUGCCAGCGCUUCGAGCGCCUCUCUGACUCCGCCAAACGGGGUGAGCCCCGAAGGCUGGCAUCACCCCACAGUAAACAGCCACCCUUGCCCUUACUCCUUUCUGUUUCUCUGCAGAGCUCAUGGACUUCCAGUCUCGCCGGGUCUCCUCUUUCCGGAAGAAUCUCAUCGAGUUGGCAGAGCUGGAGCUCAAGCACGCCCGGGCCAGCACCCUGCUUCUCCAGAACACCCUUGUUGCCCUUAAAGGAGAGCCUUAGUGAAAUCAGCUGCUGCUCUCCAAUGGCAGCUGUCCUCAGUCUCCUACCCACUCCUUGCAAAAGAGCCCCCUUCCCUCCCAUGGUGGCCACUAUCCACACCCUUACUCUUCCUUGGGCAAAUCCAGGCCCAAAGGCAGUUAGUUGCCUUUGCCUGACAGGGCAGCACGGGGGACACAUGGGACCCUCGGGAGGGACCUAGCCCUCCCCACAGGCAGACUGAGUCAAAGCUUCACACCUCCAUCCAGCCACUGGUUUUUGAAGAGUUCACUGGCAUCCCCACCUGCUCCUUACAAAUAAACAGCUCUGUUUUCCUGCCAGGA